AACAAAAGUGAAAAUUGGAUGAAACCAUAGUGUUAAGUGCUCUUUCUCCUUUGAUCAAACCUUUGAUUAAAAUUAAUUUCCCUAGGGAAGGCAGAGUCCAUUUAAAUCUCUCUGUAUGUCUGAAAGCCGAUCAGUGUGUGUUUCGUGCAGGUAGAAUGACAGGAGAACUACACUUAGAGACACGUGGACCAACACGAUGGUGGGUGCUGAUCUAUGUUUCUUUUUCUGCUCUUACAAACGUAGUUAUUUGCAACAAACCGAGCCAUUUCAAGAUCACUGUUGGACUCCAAGCUCCACAGAACUUUUCCUACCCAUUCAGUUUGCUUAGGUUGGGUUCUGCCAUGCAGAUAGCCAUAGACAAGAUCAACUCAAAUCCAGCUCUGAGUGGAAAUUUCACCUUUAAUUUUGUGUACGUGGAUACAGAUUGUAAUGCAAAGACUUCGCUCCGUUUUUUCAUCGAACAAGUUAUGAACCAAAAUGUGACGGCGCUGUUUGGACCCCCAUGUCCUGAGGAGGCUGAGGUCACUGGUCUCAUAGCAUCCACAUGGAACAUUCCAAUGUUCGGCUUUGUUGGCCAGACACAGAAAAUGGAUAAUAUUCAGGUGUACGACACCUACAUAAAAAUAGUACCACCACUUAAAAGGGUCGGAGAAAUCCUGGUUAAAACACUGGAAUUCUUUCUUUGGAAGUACGUUGGCAUGAUCGGAGGGGGCAUGGACACAAACACGUGGGACAAUGUUGAUGCUCUUUGGAAGAACGUGGAACAGCAGCUCAGAGCUAAAGUAACCGUGACAGCUGCUAUUAAGUUUGACACCAGUGACCCAGAACUGGCACGUAGAAACUUACAACAGAUUUCAAAGGUAGCGAGAGUGGUAGUUGUGCUGGCUAAUGCUGGAGACUCCACUUCUCUGAUGUUAGAAGCUCAGAGACAGGGGCUGAUGAAUGGAGAUUAUGUUUUCCUACUUGUUCAACAGUUUGAGGUCAGUGCCAAAGUGGAUAAUCUGUGGAAAUCUGAUAUGGAUCAAACAAAUCAAACAAUGCUGGAUGCCUUUGACAUGGUGUUUGUAGUCGCUCAGAAGUCCUAUGAUGGCUAUGACUAUUAUGACUUCUUCGAGCAGGCUUAUGAGAGGUUGAAAGGAGCCCCAUUUUUCAGUAACCUGUCCUCAGAAAAAGAGGUAAGCUCCUACGCAGCUUAUUUACACGACUCAGUGCUGUUGUAUGCUAUGGGUUUAAAAGAGGCUUUAAAAACUGGUAAAGAUAUCCGGCACGGACGAGAGAUUCUCCAGAAACUCAGAGAUAGGACCAGCAUCAGGUUCUAUGGGGCUUCUGGUCUGGUUCACUUUGAUGAAUAUGGAGAAAGGAACCUGGACUAUUCAGUAUAUGACCUGCAGAAAACUGAAGAUUUCAUCAAAUUUGUCGCUAUUUUAGACUUUGACAGUCAUACAAAAAUGAUCAAACCCACAUCAAGGUUUUCAAAUCUCGUCUGGCCAAUUGGAAAACCUCCACCAGAUAAUCCAGCCUGUGGUUUUAAUAAUGAACACUGUGAAUGGUUAAAAAAUGAGAUACCUCUUGUAGUACUGUUGGUGGUUCUGCCUGUGUUUGGAGUGCUGGCAGUAGCCUUGGUCACUCUGCUGACCUUACAGAAAGUCCACCUACAAACCCGCCUGGAAGAAUCCAACUGGUGGCUCAUCGACUACAGCGAAAUAACCAUCCUCAGAGAGCCCAAAGAAACGCAAACACUGUCUGUUAGCACGACACCAAGCAAAUGUGGCAGUGGAGGAUCUCAGUCCAUCCUCUCCUCAAAAAGUUGCAGUGUCAAAGGAAGUGGAAAAGAAGCCAUCUACACCACUAUCGGCCUCUUUCAGGGGAACGAGGUGGGCAUAAAAUAUUUGAAAAAUCAAAUCCUCACCAACAUCAAGAAACCGUCUGUUAUUGCAGAGUUUAACAUGUUAAGAGAAUUGAAACAUGAGAACCUGUUCCAGUUCUUCGGUGUGUGUAUUGAGCCACCAAACAUCUGUAUUGUUAUGCAGUACUGCAAGAAAGGAAGUCUGACGGAUGUUCUUGGGAACAGCGAGAUUGAACUGGACUCUAUGUUCAAAAUAUCCUUUGCCUAUGAUAUUGUUAAUGGUAUGGAGUACAUACACAAAAGCAGCCUAAAGUCUCAUGGAAAUCUGAAGCCCAGUACGUGUCUGGUGGACAGCAGAUUGCAGAUCAAGCUGUCCGGCUUUGGUCUGUGGGAAUUAAAACAUGGAACUAAAUACAGAUUACUCCCGCUUGAUAAUCCAAAAUAUGAAGAGAUGUACUGGACUGCGCCAGAGUUUUUGAGAGAGGUUUAUUACCCAUUCAAUGGCACGCAGAAAGGAGACGUCUAUAGCUUUGCAAUAAUAAUGCGAGAGCUAAUGUAUAGUACAGAGGUGACCCCGUACCACGACAUUCAUCUGGAACCAAAAGAGAUUAUCAAGCAGUUAAGGACCCCUAUGUCCGAGGAGCCCCUCAGACCCACCCUGUCUGCUGAUAUCUGUGAUGAACGCCUGAUCCCUCUGCUAAAGGCCUGCUGGAGUGAGAACCCAGAACACAGACCCCCGUUUACCAAUAUCAAAAGAAGCCUGCGUAAGGCCAUCCCUGAAAGUCAUGCCAACAUCCUGGACAACAUGGUUAGCAAACUCGAGAAAUAUGCCAAUCAUCUAGAAGAGGUAGUGGAGCAGAGAACCAAUCAGCUCACGGCAGAAAAAAGCAGAGCUGAUAAACUUCUCUCUAGCAUGCUGCCCAGAUAUAUUGCAGAGCAGCUAAUGGCCGGAAAAUCAGUGGAGCCUAAAAGUUAUGACAUGGUGUCCAUCUUUUUCUCUGACAUUGUGGGAUUUACCACCAUGUGCUCCAUCAGCUCAGCUCUGGAGGUGGUCACACUGCUCAAUGACCUCUAUAGCCUGUUUGAUGAGAUCAUCCAGCUGUAUGAUGUCUAUAAGGUGGAGACGAUAGGGGAUGCAUAUAUGGUAGCCGGUGGGCUGCCUAUCCCUAAUAAUACCCACGCUGAUGAGAUCUCUACUAUGGCCCUCCACUUCCUCUCUGCCAUACAAAGGUUCAGAAUCAGGCAUUUGCCUACUGAGAAACUGGCCCUACGGAUUGGGAUCAAUUCUGGUCCAGUGGUUGCUGGAGUUGUGGGUAGUACGAUGCCCCGGUACUGUUUGUUUGGGGAUACAGUGAACACAGCUUCCAGAAUGGAAAGCAACAGUCUUCCACUGAAAAUCCACAUCUCUCAAAGCACUGCCGAUAUUCUCCUUAAAACUGGAAACUUUGAACUGGAAGAGAGAGGCGAUAUCGAAAUCAAGGGAAAAGGAACUCAGAAGACUUUCUGGUUGAAAAACAAAACAGGAUGUGAGUUUCCUACUUCUGACCAGGAAUGCGAUACAAGUACUAAGUCAGCAUCAAAUUCUUGUCCUAUUACGUCCAAACAGGAGAAAACCAAAGUAGCCUCAACAAGGGAUGCAGAGAAUAAAGAGAGAAGAACAAUCCAGAGGAGCACGGGGGUUGCUAAAAUGUCGGAAAAGCACACGCUUACUGUACCUGAAAUUUAGUCUCACCCCAAUUUAUAUGUAUUUGGAUAUCAGAUAAGCAGGUCCAAGAAU